AUGGACAUUCAGAAUCUAAGUAUUGAGGAUGCAAUGACUGGUAUAAAGGUUGAUGAUCUCGAGACGAAUCAUUUUGUUCUUGUUCAUGGAGGUGGUUUUGGUGCCUGGUGUUGGUACAAAACUAUAGCACUUCUAGAAGAAGCUGGUUAUAAAGUAUCCGCCAUAGAUUUAACCGGUUCUGGAGUUCAUUCAUUUGAUACAAACAACAUAAAGAGCCUCUCACAAUAUGUGAAGCCACUUACUGACUUUGUUGAAAAACUUCCUGAAGGAGAAAAGGUAAUCUUGGUUGGACAUGAUUUUGGCGGGGCAUGUAUAUCGUAUGCGAUGGAGCUGUUUCCUCAUAAGGUUUCCAAGGCUGUGUUUAUUGCUGCGGCAAUGCUAACAAGUGGACAAAGUACUCUGGAUAUCAUUUCUCAAAAGGAAGGUUCAGAUGAUCUUAUGCAACAAGCACAAAUUUUUCUCUAUGCAAAUGGGAAUGACCAUCCUCCCACUGCUUUCGAAGACGACAUCUUAGACUUGUGUCUAUAG